AUGCCGUAUCAUGCUAGUUGUUAUGUUGUUCAAUGUCAAAAUACAUGGAGAAACAGUGAUGUGAAAUACUUUUAUUUUCCUCGAUCCCAAAGCAAAGUAGAUCAAAGGAUAAAAUGGAUCAAUGCUAUUAGAAGAAUUAACUCUGAUAAAUCCCAAUGGACUCCAAAAAGUACGGAUAUGGUGUGUAGUGCCCAUUUUAUUGGAAAUGUUAAAUCGAGUGAUCCAUUGAAUCCGAAUUACGUUCCAACGAUAUUUCCAGAGGUAUAUAAAAGAAAAAAAAAUUUUAGUGCUCAAAACAGGUACAAGAGAUUGAUGAACCGCAGAACCAGAAAUAUCUCAAAUUUAUUGGACAGAGAAAAUGUUAAUGAAAAUGAUGACUCAAAUUCAUCGGACCGAGAAAAUGAUGUUGUGGAAGUAGAUGAGGAGAUUAAUGUUGCCCUUGACAUACAGCCUGUCAGACAGACAGUUGAUGUAGGAUGCCAAGUAUUUAUGGAAGAUAGUAGCAAACAUAAAACAUCAUCGAAAAUAUAUGGAGGUAGAAAAUCAGAUUCUCAAAUAAGUGUAGAGUCUGGUAUUCUUGUUUUGUUAGAAGAUAGGGAUGUUAUUUUAGCUGAUAAAGGAUUUCCUGAAGUGAAAGCAUCAAUAGAUGAAAGGGGAAAAAUGUCUUAA